AUGUCGGCAAACAACUUUAAUUCUACGUAUUCUAAUGACGGCAAACAGAGUGCCAUUAUCGACAAGUCGUGGCUUUGGAGGGAUCUUGAUAACGACCACUCGGAAUUUAUAACGACCAAAAGGCAAUGUAUAGACUUAGUCAAAGAACUGAAAUCGAGACAGUACUGGACCUCGUCUUAUAAGGGCAGCAUUCGUUUGAAUCACUCGAGUCGUUUUGAUUUUAGCAAUGCGAAUACGUUCGCUCCAUCAUUAGCAAAAAUAAAAAAUGAAGAUCCGCGCUACGAGUUUUAUGACGCGACGCGUACACGAUACAUUAGUGAGAUUGACGCUGUCCGCGAAGUGCUAUUCAUGCUAUCGACCCGACCGAGCUUUUUAUUUCGUCUGGUCAAGGAGGAGUAUAGGGUCGAGAUUAAUGCGACGUUGAUGCACUUGACAGAAUUGGCAUUUAAAGAAAUGUUGGAAUAUUUCUGCAAAUAUGGAAACAUCCUGAGCAGACUUCGAGGCGUUUCAAUGCGGAUCUGCUUAGAGCAUUGCUCGCUAUACGGCCAGACAGCCCAAGCGUUUGCAUACUCUGUAUUAAAAAUGCUGUGGUGUUUUGAAGGAAAAUUGGCUAACUUGGAAUCGGCUUACCAGAAACCGAAAGACGAUGAUGUGCAAGUGUCGCUUUUAUGUUUAAAACAGCAGCUCAUGAAUGACUUUAUAGAAUUCGAAAUCGUCCAUGAGAUUGUCAUUAGUUCGCAUCUUUCCGAUGUUUCUCCAUAUCACUUAACAUCUUUGGAGGACACAAGGGAUAAUUCACUCAACACCCAUACUAAGCCUUCACUGGUGACUUAUUCUCUUCUUAAUCGGCUAUUCCGAGAAGUCACCCAUCAUCAGAUUUGCGGCAACAAGUCUACACGCACAAUGCUUGAAAAACACCUUUACAACACCCUUGUUCCAUAUGUUCGUAUGAUUGAUGAUUGGAUAUGUAACGGCAUAUUAAACGAUCCGGCAGAUGAGUUCUUUAUAGUAGGAAAUUCUACUAUUGAAAAGACGUCAUCUAACUACUGGGCAGAGAUGUUUAAGGUUCGCACGAUAAAUGUAGUUGAGAAUGGGAUAGAUUCGACACAAUCGCUGAUGCCGGAGUUUUUGAACGCGUUUUACGAGAGGAUUUUGUUCUCUGGAAAAGGAAGGAAUCUGCUGAUAACGUUAAAUUCGAACGAGGCUGGACCGUCAACUCCGUUGGUACUCGGACCAAACGUUGUAUCUGAUUUGACAACAUUCCAUCCGUUUAACGAACGUUUUGCUGAACAAUUUAAAAGUUAUCUUGAACCUCGUUAUAUGCAUAUUGGGAAAUGUAUAUAUAAUACAUUAGUGGAAAGGUGUUCUCUCUGGAGACAUAUUAGGGCAUUAUCGGGAUUAUACUUGUUACAAGAAGGAGAUACAAUGCGGAAGUUAUGUGAUGUUAUAUUCGAGAGGAUCGAUAGGAAUCAAAUGUGGUACGAUAGCUACGUCUUUAAUGAUAUGGUAUCGGGUAUAUUUGCUGGAGCCAAAUGGUUGGACAGCGAUCUUGUCAGUGCUUGGAUUGAUGAUGUGGCGGGAAAGAAACCUGAUAUUACUACCGUCAAAGUCUUUGAGAAGAUCACAAUUGAAUACCGAGUUCCCUGGCCAUUAGAUAAUAUAAUACAAUCACGUACGCUACAAAUAUACAAGAAAAUAUUCGCACUUUUACUACAAAUAAAGAGGGUAAAAUUUUUUAUGGAGCGGCUUGCAUUUUCUCGUAUGGGCGCCGGCGAAGAAAAGACUUCCGCUAUGAUGAUGUUCUAUGGACUCAGGACGAAAUUGAUUUGGUUUUUAAAUGUCAUUUGGGACUAUUUGAUGAGAACGGCGAAAACACAGAAAUUUCACGAAGAUCUUACGACGGCGUUCGACAUUGAUAAGAUGAUUAUGCUGCAUGAAAAAUAUACACAACGUAUACAUUCUAGAUGUCUUUUAACACAGAAGACAUCAUCAAUUCACAAAUCAGUCUUCUCGAUCCUUAAUCUAACCUUUCAAUUCAGCACGCUCUAUAACCGUUAUAUGGAAACCAAUACUAUUCCUUGCGAGUCGCCGUCCGACAAUCGUCAUGAAGAGAAGGAACUUGCAAACGAUGUAGAUAAUUAUGUUCCAAAAGAAGUUAAUCAUGAAGAAUUUGUUGAGGGUCUGCAGAGAAUACGAAGGGAAUUUGAUAGGCAUAGAGAUUUUAUAGCUACUUUGGUGGGUGGAAUAGGCAGAGCUGGUGGAUUUUGGUGGUUUGAUGCACUCUCACUUGCUUUGAGAGCAUAA